AAAGGCACCGUGCCAGAGAUACCUUAUCCAGUCACGGCGACCUCAGAUGUACAUUGCCAACACUUCCGCCAGUUCCAGUACCGCGAAGCCGAUGGGCCCCGAGAGGUUUGCAGCCAGCUCCAUCGACUUUGCAACCAGUGGCUGAAGCCGGAGAGGCGCACCAAGAAGCAGAUUCUGGACCUGGUGAUGCUGGAGCAGUUCCUGGCCCUCCUGCCCCGGGAAAUGCAGCGCUGGUCAGAGUGUGGAAAGAGAUUCCGUGAGAGGGGGUAUCUUCAAAAGCAUCAGAGAACCCACACAGGGGAGAGACCUUUUGAAUGCUCAGAGUGUGGAAAGAGAUUCAGUCAGCAUGGCAAUCUUCAACUGCAUCAGAGAACCCACACAGGGGAGAGACCUUUUGAAUGCUCAGAGUGUGGAAAGAGAUUCAUUCAGAGUAGCAGUCUUCUAGAACAUCAAAGAACUCACACAGGGGAGCAACCUUUUGAAUGUUCAGAAUGUGGAAAGAGAUUCAGGCUAAGCAGGAAUCUUAAGAGGCAUCAAAGAAUCCACACAGGGGAGAAACCUUUUGAAUGUUCAGAAUGUGGAAAGAGAUUCAGUCGAAGCAGCACUCUUCAACUGCAUCUAAGAACCCACACAGGGGAGAGACCUUUUCAAUGCUCAGUGUGUGGAAAGAGAUUCAGUCACCAUGGCAAUUGUCAGCUGCACCAAAGAACCCACACAGGGGAGAAACCUUUUGAGUGCUCAGAAUGUGGAAAGAGAUUCAGGUUGAAUGGCGAUCUUCAAAGGCAUCAGAGAACCCACACAGGGGAGAAACCUUUUGAAU